AUGACCGGUGUCGACUGCCUUGUGGCCCUUUACGCUCACCAGGCAGGAGCUGCAAACUUUCUAUUUGAGGACGUUUCCAAAGCUGAUGCCACUGAUUCUGCAGUUGUUCGUCAGUCACAGCUUGCUAACGCGCAUUGUCAGGAUGCCUUUCAAGGCCUUUGGGUAAAGCAAGAGCGCAACUGCAAACACUUCCUUGAUGAAGAGAUUGGGGACAUUGAGCGGCCCUCGAAGCCCUGGACCGAACUGCGGUCGUGUGUCCGCAAGAGUGAGCUACUUGACAAUGUCGUGCUGAAAGACUUCAACCCGUCUCACGGCUCGUUAUUCCUGAGAUGGGACGCCACCAACGAUGAUCUCGUACCUCUCGCGAAGACCCAGAUGGCUGCUCACGAAGUCACUCAUCGCAUGGGUAGUCGCAAUCCUCCUCUUUCUAAACGCUCCGGCAGAGGUUCACUUGAUCUCGCCGUUGGUGUACAGAUGCACGUGGUAUCCGAAGCAGGUGGAAUGCAGGUCGGGACAUGGAAGACUCUGAAGAAUAUUUCACCGAGACCAGCCUUAGUGGCGCUGCUGAUUCCCGCAAAUUCAAUGUUUGCCAAGCAUGGCAUAUCUGCCGACAGGCAGCGCCUGGUGAAUCCCAUUCUGCAGCAACACAUCACCGUUUUCCACGUACCGGGCAGAUGGCGCCAGCGAGCAGCAUCGUCGAAGCUGACAGCGUCCAAGAAAGAUAUGGACCGGCUGAAGCCAUUCAGCAAUGAGAGUUCGCCAACAAGAGCCAGCAAGCAGCCUACCACGACAGCUAUAGCCUAUGGAGAGCUUGUCCGCUUUGACGCAAAUACUUAA